UGUACGCUCUAUCCGGGCGCACCAGUGAUCUCGACGAAUGUUGAAUCGGAAAGUUGUUGGCAACAAGCAAUCUAUCCCGUUGAAGAGCCGUUCUCGGUGUCCGAUGGAGAUCAAUGCGUAGUCGCAAUUGAUGCGUUCCGCAAUCGAUUUUGUUGUCAACUGAAAAGAUGCGAUGAAGACAAAUUGUUGAGUGCUGCUGUUGAUAGCGUUGAGGAUGAAUGGGAGAUGCUCCCGGAGAAAUGUGAAAAAUCUUGUUCAACCAUUGAAAAACCAUUCAAUGGAAAUGAAGACGAUGAGGAAAUGGAUCUAAACGAAUGGGAACGCGCCUCUAAACAGACAUCGUCCGGUGUGAAGUGUGUGGCCGUGAUCGAUUCGAUCGCAGCCAAUGGGGAUAUGCGGAUCAUCACGUUGAACACCACGAAUUCGCAAGUGAAUGAUGUUGCAGAAAUGGAAGUGGACGAUGAGUUUUUGAAGAUAAAGAAGUCUGAU